AUGGGCCCCGAGCCCCGAGAGUCCCGCGGGAUGGCGUGCGGCGCCUGUUACUACCUAGUGAUCAGCUCCACGCAUCUGAGCAACGGACACUUUCGACGCGUCAAAGGGGUCUUCAGGGGGCCACUGUGCACCACAGGAGUGUGUGAGUCACCGGAGCGUGCCGAGCGAGCGUUGGGAUGCUCUGGGGAGGAUCUGAAGUCUCUUUUCUACUGCGAGUUAUGCGACAAGAAGUACCUGCGCCACCAGGAGUUUGACAACCACAUCAACUCCUACGACCACGCACACAAGCAGAGGCUGAAGGAACUCAAGCAGAGGGAGUUUGCUCGCAACGUGGCUUCUAAGUCAUGGAAGGACCAGCGCAAGCAGGAGAAAGCUCUCAGGCGCCUGCACCAGCGAGCACAGCUGCAGCAGGAGCACCAGCGUGGCCAAGAAAGGACUUAUGAGCUACGGAGUGCUGUCAGGCUAGUUAGCCAGCAGCAAGACAGAAGCAGAGAACACAAAGCCAGCAGCCCUGUGGACAAAUUUGAACCCUUCAAACACACACACAGACACCCAGCCAAACACCCCGGUAGAUCGCCAUUGAGCCACCAGCGAGAAAAUCCAUGCUGGCCUCCCUCCCAAACACCACUGGCCACUCCAGUCGAGUCCCCGCUAAUCACUCAUCCAGAGUCCGAUAAAGGUCUUACCGCAGUGAAUCAGCAGCCUCGUGUGGGCUGCCAGCUGCCUCUGGAGGGGCGGGGGCGAGCUGGAGGCAGACGUGGGGUGUCCUUCUGUUUCUCGCGCAGGGGGCCACGGCUGGAGCCAUCGGCCUCUGUUUUCUCUGACCAGGAGGAGGAGGAGCGAGAGAGGCGAGAGAAAAUGAGAGAACGGAUUAAGGGUAUUUUGGAAGACAUAGAAAGGGAAACUGAGAGUAUUGGUCAAUCAAAUUGCACAGAGGGUUCUGAAAUUCUGGAGACUGUGAAGGAUAAUCAGAGCAUUGAUUUAUUAUGUUCACCAUCGCAUGCGGUUAGUGGAUUAGAGAUCAAUCAGACAUCAGGAACAAGUGUUGGUGAACAACUGUCUGUUUUGGGUAAAGAUGGCUCAACCUGUGUGCGAUGGCCUGUCAGUUUGCUGAAGUUCACCAAGUGUGAGCCAUGUAUCUCUUAUAGUUGCAACCCAAACUGCUCAAGGCAAUCUCAAACAACAGAACAACAUGCACAAGAACAGCUAUGUGAUCUCCCGGAUGAAUCAAAUGCAUGCAAGCCUGCUAUUCUUACACCAGACACUCAUUACUGUUUACAAAAAGAGGCAAGCCCAUCACACGAGCUGAGAAAAGCUGAGGAAAAUGUCAAGACAGAAGCACACCCGUUUGUUGAGAACAAAAACCUUUCAUCAUCAGGGGUAGCAUCAGAAGGGUUGUCACGCAUGCUAAGUGUAGAGCAUUGUGUGAGAGCGCCCUCCUAUCCAUUUGACCCCACUCAUCGUGACAGCUCUGACACAAACCCUCCAACUCCACUCGGAGACAGAUUAGCAGGCACAGGAGGGCUCACGGAGCGGGCCAUCACAGCCCUAACCUGUAAAUCACAGACUGUCACCAAACAUGGCAUUGACCCGCCCGGGUGUGAGAGCGAGAGCGAGACCAUGUGCGAGCAUGUCAGUGAUCCUCAUCCACAAGGAUGUGUUUCACAUAGAAAGACCAAACACAGCACAAAGAAGCCCAAGGUAAGAAAGAGAAAGCGGGGUGAAAAGAGAAAGGCCUCAAAGCGCAAAUCAGUAAGGUGUAAAGUGAGGAGUGUUGUCUCUGCAGUCUCCAAUGUGAGUGCCAGAGAAGAAGAAACUGGAGGGAGUUGGGGAGAGAGAAGAGGAAAACAGGAAAUAGAGGGAAGAGGAGGGAUGAGGAGAGAUGAAUGCUGUCUCUUAGGGAGAGCUGAGGCCGAGCCACUUUAUGUCUCCGUCAAGAAGAGGAGAACUCAUAGGAACAACUGCUUGGCAUCCCAGUUCCUACAAGGCAGGGAGCCAGGGGAACGCACUCGCACCUUUUCCCAGUUUGCAAGACACAUACCUGACACAGAAGAGGAGACAUUUCCCCAGAGAUCUCACUGCUCCUUACACCCUUUCUCACCAGGAUAUAACACAAAGCUGUUUUGGGAAUCGGGUCACCAUAGCAACCCCAGGAGUUUCAUUGACUGCAGUUACCCUGACAACAGCUGUGGUGGCAGCCCGGCGAGAAAGAGAAAACUCCUCCACGGGGACCGGAGAUUCAUUCACAGUAACAGAAGUAGUUUGAGACGCUAUGAUGAGACGGACAAAGGGAGGGAAAGAGGUAGGCACAUAGAUUCCAGAGACAGAAGUUUGCUGUCAGAACAAUGGGAGUGGGUUGGGGAGAAUGUUAGGCUAAAUUCUGGAGGGAGAUGGAGAAACAAGCCUUUAGGAUGGGAGUGUUGGAGUCGAUCUAGCCCAAGUCCAAAGGGCAGGGAGAUGACAAGCAGGAGAACAAGCAUCGAAGACAUGGAUUGGGACAAGUGGACACUGGGAAGCAGUGACAGCUGGGAAGAAAGAAGGACACACAGGUCCACUUCAGCCCCUAGAACUGGUACUGACAGCAGGUGGAGCCCCAGCUAUGCAUUGGGUUCUUCUGGGGUAGGACAUUCCAACUUAAGGUAUAUGACUAGCCCUGAUUGGUGGAUGAGUAAGCGUACACACAGCCCACCAAGGAAGUUUCACACAUUCGAGUCCAGCAGAAGUUACAGCCCACGGUCCUGUAGCCCGUCCAGUAGGAGUAGCAGUGUUUCUGAGCUCAGUUGGGAUUGGAGCAAGAGCAGCACCUGCUCUGAUGCAACAUGCAAGAGGCUCACAUCCGAAGUGAAAACAGCAAGUGACUUCAAAUCUCAUUCACCCAACCUAACUUUAACUGCUAGAGAAUCUUCAUCAGACCUCAAGGCACGUCACAGAGACAGCACCAGGUCUCAAUAUGAAGGGACCGUGUCACAGUUGGACUGUGAAAAUACAACUUCUGCUACUUUAACCAAAAACACAAGCCAUUCAUGCAAAACUGAUACAGUGCCAGAGAAACCAGUCCGGACAUUACCACUCCCCCUCAUAGGGAAGCUUCCUGCAAUACAGAGAAAGGCCAGAAGGAAAAAAGAAAAGUUAGAGAAGAUUCAGAAGAAGGAUAGCGAUGGGGAGGUGUGUUUGAAAUUGGCUAGUAGACAUAUUCUGGGUUUGGCUGAGUCAAACCAAAGCAGUAUGCCAAAUCUGUGUCCAGGAGAGAUUAGGAGUGAUGACAAGGAGGCAAGUGGAGAAGCUGCUCAGCCAAUCAGCUUUAGUGUAGAGGAGAUGGACAAGUAUCGUGUCUUACAAGAACAGGCAAGAGAGCACAUGCAAAAACUUUUGGAACAGAGUGAAAAGUAUAAAGAUUUGAAUGUGGAGACACACUUAACACCCACCACACAAACAGACUGUUGUGGGACUUCAGAGGAGGCCUACAUCCCGGCACCAUCACUUGAGCUUCCGCAGAAUCCUCACCAGGUGCCAGCAAGUCACAACCUCCAAGAAAGACUAUUGAAGAUGAACCCUCAUGAGGAUUUUUCUCAGCCUGUGGCUUUGGGUCUCCCUAACCUCCCUCCUCUUGCACUAACGCCCCCUUUGGCAAGCCUCCAUCAUUUCAUUUUACGGCACUCGGCCUUCUCCCCAUCUCAUUCCCCUGCAUCACAUCACGCUCUUGAUGUCCAACCAGCUCAGCUCACUCACUCAGUUAGCCACCCACUUUCAGGCCUUCCUCAUUAUCUUCACCCUCUCUCCUCUCUUUUCCCCUCCAUCCUCUUUGCUCACCACACCAUCCCUUUCCUUCCUCCUCCUCCGCCUCCUCCACCAGUGUCCGGCUUCCACGCAAACCCUCUCACGCCUCUUUCCCCACUAGCCCUGCAGCCUCCCAACAAUCUGCGGCCUUUCAUGGACAGAGCAUGGCCAGUGAGGUUCCAACAGAAGGCCUUGUGA